AUAAUUUUUGGACAGCCACUGUGUCUAUCGAUCGCUCCGCUCCGCUGCUCUAUCUUCGGCUCUCUGGUCCGACUUUCCAAAUUUUCUCUUACUACUGUGUGCUUGCGUUUCUAGAGAGAGAAAGAAGGUGUUCAGCUGAGAGUUUUUUUUUUCUUUUUUUUCUUUGGAGAAAAAAGGGACUGAAAAAUUGAUCUUAAAAGCCAAAAGAAAAUAAACAUAUCACACAUCAAGUUUUGCGGUUUUUGGCUUCCUUUAAUUGAUCAGUCCGUUAAAAAACGGCUCGCCGUUUGCUUCAUUGGUCGUCUAUGCUCUUCUUUGCUUCAAAAGAACCCUAAAUUCCUGCUUACUUAGAUCACGCUGUGUCAAGUUUGGUAAACACUUUUGAUGCUUCUGCUUGGGAGCCCUUUGGGUUUUUGGUAAUUAUACUUCUUUUAGCUGGAAGAUAUCAAUUUGAGGCGCCAUAUGGAGUGGUCUGACUAAAUAUUGAUCAUUUGUAUGGAUAGACCUAAAAUUUACACAAAAAAUUAGCUGGAAAGUUUUUAUUUUUUAUUUUUAAUGCCUGGUAACAAACCUGAAGAGGGGAUCUGCAAUCUAUACAAGCUAGACAACUCUUCCCAGGGUCGGCAUCUAUCUCAAGCCGUUGGUGGCAGUUGGCCAGUACUUGAUUACGAUCAGUGGGUUGGAAAGCCAACACGGAUUGGGGCAACACAGUAUUUCAAUCGCAAGAACUACAACUUACGGCAAUUAGAUUGUUUGAAAGGAAAUGAUGUUGAGUCUCUAAAUGUGGCAUUUGACCCAAACUAUAUGCAAUUGACUCCAAGACCAGAGUAUUCCAGAAGUCUUACCAUCAACAAUCCACUGGAUGCAAAUGAAUUUUUGCGUGGAUACCAUAACUUCCAGUCAAAUCAGAAUCAGCCUGGAAUUUUCAGUGAAAGCACCUGUUAUGACCAGCGAAUUUUGACUUCAAAAGGUUUUUCUGUCUUUAAAUCACAGCCAGAAAAUGAGUGUGCAGACAGUCCCACCUUGACAACAAAUUCAGAAAAGUCAGAGAUUACUGAAGCUUCUAGUGAUUUCAACUUUCUCAGAGGGCAGCAUCAAUUUGUGAAGGACCAACAGCUGAGUUCUCCACAGACUCACCCAAUGCAGCAGCCUGGGUUUAAUGACUUGCAGUUGUUGCAGCAACACAUAAUGUUCAAGCAGCUGCAAGAAUUUCAGAGACAGCAGCAGCUUCAGCAGCUAGGUGAUUUGAGGCAACAGAGCUCCUUAAACCAGUUUUCUGCUGUUUCAAGACCGGCAGCUGGGGGUCAGUUUUCACCUCUCAUCAGUGGAACACCUGUUCCUGAUGCGUCGCAAAUGCUUAAGAACUGGAUGCAGCGUGGGGCAUCUCCUGCUGUGCAAGGAGCAUCAAAUAAAGUCGUGUUCUCCCAAGAGCAAGUUCAGGCUUUGCGUUCCACAGGUCUUACUCCUCAGCUGCUUGAUGUCUCUUUAUAUGGUACUCCUAUUUCUAACACAAGAGGCAACAUGGGUCAAUAUCCUCAUCUCCAAGGAACAUCUCAUGAUUCUGUCAAUUUGUUGGCCCAGGCUAGCGGUCAAGUACAAAAAUCAGUAAUGCGGUCAUCUGGGUUUGGCAAUCCCUUUGUAGGAGAUCAGCCUGCUGUUCCUCUAGACCUGGCAGGCUUAUCCCAAGGAGCUUUGAUAUCCAAGCAGGAACUUCAGACGAAAAAUAGUUUUGGACAAGUUCCCAUUCAGGGUUUAAAUAGUGGAGUUUUUCCUGGAAAUCUUCUGGAGGGUAAUACUCCACAGGGCAAUACAGCUGUGAAGGAAUUUAAUGGGAGACAAGAACAAGCUGAUUGGCCUACAAGGCAGCAAACAAAACAACUUGGCCCUUCUCAAGGUUUGGUUCCUCUAGAUCCAAUGGAAGCAAAGAUAUUGUAUAAUAUGGAUGACAACAUUUGGGAUGCUUUUGGAAGUCGCCCUGAGGCAAGUGCUGGAGGCUUGGGCAACACAUUGGAACAUCCAGACUCAUCUUAUGCUUUUCCUUCUAUUCAGAGUGGGAGCUGGAGUGCACUUAUGCAGUCUGCUGUGGCAGAGGCUUCUAGCAGUGAUACUGGCGUACAGGAGGAGUGGAGUAGUUUGACUUUUCAAAACACAGAGCACUCAACUGAUAACCAAAUUUCAAACUUCGUUGACAGUGAGAAGCAACAUGCUGGCUGGGUUGAUAACAACUUGCAGAGUGCCUCCUCCUUUAGUUCAAAACCUUUUCCUAUGAUUACUGAUUCUAGCAUGAGCUCUAGCUUCCCUGGCUUCCAGCUGCCAGGAAUUCAGUUAUCAGUUGAACAGAGAGAGGAUAUUUGCCAUGGUGGUUCUCAUGAGUCCAUUGAGAAUUACAACUCUCAGCAGAAGACAUCAAUUGACAAUGGUCAAAAGGUUCUAACAUUUAUGCAUUCAGACAAUGCAUGGCCUAGACAAAUGUUUGAGCACCCACAAAGUGCUGCACAGCAUCAGAAAAUAGCCUCAAGUAAUAAUAUAUCUAUGGAAAAGGGCAGUGAGAGCAUUGUAAAAAGUCAACAUCAGAUGAGUAAUGGCCCUAAAGUUGCUCUCAACUCUUACGAGGGAGCCAAUGACACACAUGAAAAGAAGCAAAAUUGCCACCAAAAGGAAAAUUCUAGUGACUUCUUAAAAGGCUCAGGUGGUCAUGAGCAAGGACAUCUUGAGCAGUUAAAGUUUUUGGGUGAUAUUUCCAGCAGCUUAAUGAAUGUAGAUAAGGCAUCCUUACCCAAUUUUCAAGGAAAUUCAAGAAUAUCAGAGGAGGUACCUUCUGGAGUUGAUUGUGUCUCUAACACGUCUACUACCUUUCAUGGAUCAGUUCUCCCUGAUGGCUCAAAUGUUUCUACUCAGACAAGUGAACAUAUGCUUGAGCUGCUUCACAAGGUUGACCAAUCAAAGGAUGAUAGCUCCACAAAACAGUUUGGAUCUGCUGAUGGUAGUCCUUUGACUGAAAUGCCUGGAGCAGAUUCACAUGAUACAUCUGUCUCUCAACUUUAUACUCAGCCUUCUGAUUCCCAAGGUUUUGGUUUGAGGUUGGCUCCUCCUACUCAAAGGCUGGCCAAUUCAAACAGUUUUCUCUUUGCUUCAGGUUUACCACAGACUAUAAACAAUUUGAAUCCUAGGCAAGUUAAUCCUGAACUGGGAGAGAAAAAUCAAGCUUGGUUAACUCCAUCUUCAUUUCAGUCUUCACCUCAAUCACAUGAGCUGCCUCAAAGAGCACACUGGGAAAACAAAUCUGGUACUCUGGGACCCAAAAGUUCCUCUCCAUAUGUGAAUAUGCUCGGAAACUCUGCUGCAUCAUUUUCACCGAGUCCUUCACAAACAAGAAAUCAACUUCUAAUGCAUCCCUUAUCCAAUGUACCUGUAUCAACUCAAUCUUUGCAGGCAACCUUACCUGCUGGAAAUGGCAGAUUCCCACCUUUUAACCAAGCCCCUUCUCAAGAUACUUCCCAACAGAUGCACACCAAUCUGGUCGGUCAACAAUUUCCAGUUUUGGAGGCUGCCCCUGUGUCUCGGCCUUCAGUCAUGUCUCAACAGGGUGAGAAUUCAGCAAGGCCAUAUAAUGUUUGGAGAAACGUACCAACUCAGCGACAAUCAUUUGUUGGAUAUAAGUCAUCAGAAGUUGGUGCUUCUUCUAAUUCACAAGGCUUUGGACAUGGGGAAGACAAUCCUGGAAAAGAGGUGUUGCAACAACGAAUGUCAUCUAAGAUGCUUGAUACUUCUCAGUCAGGUGGCGUGUCUCUAGGGCCACAACCUGUUUCUGAUGAAACUGCUCUCACAUCUGGCUCAUUGAUGUCUCAUGCUCAGUGGCAGGACCUUGUUAAAGUAAGGCAUAGCAACGACCUUGCUCAAGCUUCUUCUCAAAGAAAUAUUGAAUCCUUCAGCCAUUCACAUAAUGAUCACCACAAUUACUCUCUUUUGCAACAAGUGCAGGGGAUGACGACGAAUAAUGGUGCCGACAGUGCUUUGGAUGUUCAACAUGCUACUGCCUUGGGGGGACAGCAGCUACAUGAGAACAUUUCAAGGUUCAGACACCUUGUGGAUGGUACGCCAAAUUCAACAUCUCAAACCAGUUCAUUUCCAUCUGGGGAUAACCAAAUGCUUAGUUUAUUGGGAGAAGCAAGAGAUGGUCCAACUGUAAAAGCUCCUCAGCAACCUGCCCUUCAAUGUAGAAGUUCUCAGGAAAUGGUCACAUUUGCUUGUACUGACCCUCAUACUCAAUCUAGCAGCAGCAAUGUGCUAUCUAAUCAUACAGAUCUUGGCCAUGGUAAUCAGCAUAUGGCAUCCUCCUGGCCCAAGCAAUACGGAGCUCUUAGAAAUGGACAGAUGGUGCCAAUUUUUGAUGCUAGACUCGCAAAAUCUGUUGCCUCACAGUUCUCUCUUGGAAAGCCUUCUCAGAAUGUGCAUAUGCAUAGCUCUUCGGAACAGUUAGAUGCUGCUGAUGCUGGUCAGGGUGGCAGGGUUUGGCCAAGUAGUCAGCAGUUGUCAUCCCCCUAUAUGUUGCCUUCAGAAGUCACCAAUCAAGAGGCUAUUAUGAGACCAAAGAAGCGAAAAAUCACAUCAUCUGAGCUUCUACCGUGGCAUAAAGAGGUGACUCAAGAUUCCAACAGGCUUCAGAAUAUCAGUGUCACAGAACAAGACUGGGCAAAAGCCUUAAACCGACUGACUGAGAAGGUGGAAGAUGAGGUUGAAAUGAUUGAUGAUUUGCAGCCAAUGCAUCGAUCAAAGAGAAGGCUUAUAUUGACAACACAGCUUCUACAGCAAUUGUUUCAUCCUGCACCAGCAUCCAUUUUAUCUGUAGAUGCGGCUUCAAGCUAUGAUAUCAUAUCAUACUUCUCUUCUAGGUUGUCACUGGGAGACGCAUGUAGCCUUGCUUACAGCAUGAGAAAUGGGUUUCUUGCACCUGUAAACAAUAGUGAUGUGAAUUCUCAAAAGCUAAAAAACUCUGAAAGAAGUGGUAACCGACAAUUUUUGGCAGUUGUGGAAGAGUUCAUUGAUAGAGCAAAGAAGCUGGAGAAUGACUUCCAAAGAUUGGACAAGACAGCAUCAGUUGUAGACGUAAGAGCGGAGUUUCAAGAGUUGGAAAGGUUUGCUGUCAUUAAUCGUUUUGCGAAGUUUCAUGUUCGGGGACAAAUAGAUGCCUCUGGAACCUCAACCUCCUCUGCUUCUCCAAAACCAAUUCCACAGAGACACAUCACAGCAUUUCCUAUGCCUCGAAAUCUACCGGAGGGAGUACAAUGUCUUUCACUAUGACUAUCAACUAUUUAUCACAAACUGAAUCCUCUUUCUGCUUCAUUCUGCAUUCUAUAGUGUUGCCUGUGCCCCUACCAAUAUGACACUUUAUUAACUUGAAACACUGGCAUGCAAGAAAGGAGUAAUGCAAAAUGGAACGGACAGAUCAACUCCAAGUAACCACGGCCGCUUAUUCAUUUUGAAUUGGGGCCAAUUAUUAUCAUUUUUGAGGAAGUAUAUAUUGUUUCUUGUAUAUGUUAAUGAAUUUCCAAGGAGAAUAGGGAGUAAUUAACUUUUUAUAGAGCAAGAGGAUCAGUAGUGUGGAUGUUCUUUAGUGCUUGUUACAUAAAUUAGUUGAAUUUAGCUUAUAUAAUCUGUGGCUGCAAUUCUUUUGCAA